AUGAGAGGAAAACAGUUUUAUAUAUAUCUUUCUAUUUACUUAUUGUCGAUAACCUUCCUUUAUUGCAAUUGUGCAAAGGUGAAAAAGAAUAAAAAACUGAGAAGUCUGCUAAAAUCACUAACGGAAAGAGUUGAUACAAAUGAUGGAGAGAACGAAUAUGCGCGAUUAACACAAACACCAAUUGUAAAUAUGAAAUUGUCUAAAACGAAUUUUAAAACAUCAUUACAAAAUACCCUUGUUGAAUCAUAUGCAGAAAAAGUGAAAGAAUUUAUUUCAAAGACUAACUACGAAAUUAACAAAGAAAAAAAUAUAUUAGAUGAAAUAAAAAAUUCUAAUUAUAAUUUAAAUAAGGUCAAUAGUUUACUUUCAAUAAAAAGUAAAAACAAUGAUAAAUCAAAUGGUGAUAAUAAAUUAAGAAAUAUAUUUUUUCAUUACCUGGAAGAUUAUGAUGAAGAUUUUGGCUUAAGUUUCUUUCCGGUAUAUAAAACAUUUAAAUCUAAUUUAUCUCAUUUUAAUAAUAAUUUAGGUAACUCUUUAUUACCGCAUGAACUGUUAGAUAAGGGAUUACUGUCAAGCAAAAGUUUUUCAAAAAAUUCCUCACGAAAUCUUUUCUUCCCAGAAAGGGGCGAUAUAAAAUUGAAAGUAUAA